GCUGUAACCUAAAUAAAUUAGACAGUAAUAAUACUGAGCUGCGAGGUGUUUUUAAAUUAAGAUGUAAGCUUUAAACAGGGUGUCAUAAGGUAUUAAACUCGUUUAGAUUAUUUAUACGAAGACAUUUAAUCCACACACUCACACUGUUGUUAGAAUUGGAUACUGGUGUAACCGGAACAUCGUUCACCCUACGUCGAACGAUGCGGAAGUCAAAAACCCGGAAGUGUGAAAAAGGCCAAUUUUCUCACUAACUGUUGUCUGUCUGUCAGAAAGCUGGUAGUCCACUGACAGAUAGAGCCAGUAACAGAUAGCUGGGUUAACUUUGUCUGGAGCAGUGAUGGCGUUGGAAGUCUUUAUGUAAAAAAGAUCGUAAAACCGAGACUAAUUUGAGUCUGUUUUACAAUCUGCGUUUCCGUUAGUUAACAGUACGAUUUUUUUAUGGUUUUGCUACUGACUCCACAAAGAUACGCACUUGUGCUGUAGAAAAAACUGAAAAGUAAACUGUUGUGUCACGUGAGUCGCGACGUCAUGGGAACUCAACACACACUUCCGAGAGUGUUAUAAAAAUAAAUAUGCUCAAUCACUUAGUGACAUUAAAAUCGAAUCCAUCCCCGUGUUGUUUGAACAUUUUUUUAAUGCUUUAUUAAAUGAAUGCAAUUACAACAAGAGGUAUUACAUAUUCCAAUCAUAUUAACAAUUGUUGUUUGAACAUCUUCGCGUAUACCGAAGUAAACAAACGUCGACUGUAUGGCGCAUGCGGUUUAAAGGCAUGCAGUACGUCAAGUUGCGCUUGCGCACUUAUAUACAAGCAGGACGUCGAAAUGCAUGACGUCACCGCGCUACAGUCUGCAGCGGGGACUACUUGCUUUUAUCUGCACUACCCAGGUAAGGGGCCACACUGUUACAGUAACGUUGUGCAGACGCAUAACCAGAAACAUUGUAUGUGACGCUACUGACGCGAAUUCAUUUUGUGCACGCUGUGAUUUUACAGUUGUCUGACUAAAUCAGCACAGUUGGUAAAAUUUGCACCAGGUUUUUCAAUGGAAAAGUUUGUAACUCACUUAAAGAGAUCCGCUGUAUCUGAUGGAAACAAUGAAUGGAGGAAAGAAAAACUAAUGAAGAAAUGCGAAGAGAAUGUGUGUGGUGAGGAAGGUGAGUUUUCUCAGCCUAUCCCCUGGCAGAAGAUCGAAUCAGAGGGCCUGGACUGUGACUACAGUUUGCUGUUUCACAAAGAAGAGGCUGAUCGUCUUUUCAGACAGUUAGAAGACGAGGUGGUGUAUUUUACAGGUGACAAAGCAAAGGUACAUGUUUAUGGAAAGAUGCACAAUGUUCCAAGGAAGCAAGCGACAUACGGAGAUGAGGGACUGAUGUACUCUUUCUCUGGGGUCCAUCUCAUGGCCAGACCAUGGACUCCCACCUUAGAAUAUAUUCGAGAUGCUGUCACCAAGGCAACAGGCCAUACCUUCAAUUUUGUUUUGAUUAACAGGUAUAAAGAUGGUGAUGAUCACAUGGGAGCGCACCGGGAUGAUGAACGGGAACUCAAUCCUGCCUGCCCUAUUGCCUCGGUAUCUCUAGGGGCUGCCCGUGACUUCAUUUUCAGACACAAGGAUGCCAUAACUGGUCCGGUCAAACGUCACAUUGAGCCUGUGAAGCUGGAGCUAGGCCACGGGAGUCUUCUGCUCAUGAACCAUCCCACAAACACAUUCUGGUAUCACAGCCUUCCAGUGCGAAAAAAGGUCCAAACACCACGCAUCAACCUCACUUACAGAAGUAUAAUUAAAUCCACAGACAGAAAACGCAUUCAAAGGGAGUGACUGUUUCCAUGACCCUCUUUCAAAGUUAUAUAUAAAAGUUGUGUAAAAUUUCCAAAAGGUUCCUGAAAUGAAUGAUAUUGAUAUUUUGCACAGUCUGUGUGCAUCGGUUUGUAUAUAUGUACAGUUUAUCACUUUCUGUUAGCCUUGGCAUAGUCUAUUUUACUAAAAGCUGUUGAGCAUUUCCAAUAAAAUAGUACUUGAUCUCAGUGA